AUGCAGCAAAGUUCAGUCGUCUGGCGUGCCGGUCUUCUUCGUCCCGCCCACGGCCACAACAAGUCCCAAGUAGAAAAUCCUGCGAAAAUGCUGGAGCCCGCGAGCAACACCCCUGUUCCCCAUGAACACCGGUCGUCCCCGCAGGCGUUAAAGCCUGGAUUUAUCCAAGCACGUUGUUUACCGCCUUCGAUGAUGAACUUAAACAACGGCGAUAUGCCGCCGAAAGACACAUCGUCCACUGUCUGCCGGUCAGGAUGCCGGGACCAAGAACUGAUGGUGCACUCGCCAAUGGCCUGCCAUCAAAACUCCAUCAUUCCUAGUAUCAGCUCGUCUUCCAUAGACUCUGCGGCUUUCUCAUUCGAGGACGACUCCAAACAAACGGAAGGCAGGUCGCUGUCCAUCCUGGAGGAGUCCACAGUGGAAUGUUCGCUGCCCCCACUAUCUCGCAUGUGUUCGAUCAAUUUGUCUUCGCCGAGCACUUCCCCAGUGUCCGCUCAUACAUCUGCGUCGCCGCCCCACUCGCUGGUCUGCGCAGAUUUGGACGCCCCCUGUGGAAUUGAUUCGUCAAUGCAUGCCUCAGCUGAUUCGGCAGAACAACCGUCAGAUCAAAGUGAUUCGUCGACAUUCCAGUCGGCUUCCACGGCAUCGACACCACCGGAUCUAUUUCAACCAGUCGCAGCAAAGCUGGUGAACCAUGUGGCAGACCCCGAUCUGUCUAGCGGAUGCACACUGUCCACGUCGAACUCGGGCCUCAGCGUAGCUCCGCAAAAGCACAGCCGAGAUAGCUCCGAUACCACGUCGACCGCGGUGUGCUCAGAACUGACAGGGUCGGGAGUAGAGGGCGGUUCGUUGGCGUCUCACUACGCGGGCAAGCUGCUACAUCCGUCGUGCACAGCAUCGACCAAUGAUGGUACUCCUUGCUGGAGCGUUGGUGGCUCUCUGUGUAACACUGAGGAAAGCAGCGCACUACAGACAGUGGAGUCCGGAGACUCCUGUCCACUGUCGGUCCCGAGCUGCCAAGAACCGGAUUGUGCUGCCGCCUGUAGACAGCCGCCAUCGCACAGUGGGUGCGACAAGAGUGGUCCCGUCUCCUUUUCGCUCGUAUCGCCGGGCAGUCGUUCGAAUGAUUCAGAUUCGAUUGAGGCCGCCAGUCCCCGAGAUUUGGCCGACACAGCAGCCACCAGUGGAUUAUCCUCGGUGAUGAAGGGACAGGAAGUUGGCGUGAGCGAAGCUGAUGCUGCGACUGCUGUAGGGGUGUCGGCCAGAAUAGAGGAAGACAAUACAAUGGAAGCAGCGAACUCUGUUGACGACUCGAGCGACACUCUUAGCACAGCCGUGGUUGUCCCGCGUGGAGUUUGGUAUAACCGCUCCACAUGCUGCUGGCUCGCCUGCGUCUCUGGAGUCGGCAAAAGACUUUACGUGUUCAGCGCGAAGCGCCUUGGGUUCGACCGAGCGAGGCAAAUGGCGAUUGACUGCAAGAACGGAUGCCUGACACCGGAGGGAUUGGCUGCCGCCUCAGACGACAGUGGGGGCGGGAACAGGGCCGCCGCAAACUUCGCAACGAAGUGCCGGCGGAUAACGGCAGUGCCAGGAAAAGUUGCAAAAAGUGAUAGAGCAGCCUCUGUCAGUGCCGGUGAUGCAGAGUGGAGGUCGUCAACAGAGGCGGGCUGGGCACACCACAGCAGUGACAUCGGGGAGAUUGCUUCAUCGGGACUCGCCGUACACGCCCCGUCGUCUGGCGGGAGCAUUGCUGGUGAUGGCUCCCGCGAGGAUGAUAGCACUGGUGUCGACACCCCAGGAGCUUUAAGCCGGAGCCGAAGUGCAGAAUGUAGCAAAGAAGUGAUUCCUGUCUCCGAAGAUGGUGCAGCAUCGAAAGAGGACGCAUUGCUGAAACGCGAGCAACAAGCCGAGGCGCCAGAACGAAAUCGCUGGUUCAGCAUAAUCGCCGCCAACAGGAUGAUUACUCAGCAGCGACUGCUCGAACGGCCAGCAAAGGAGGGAGUAGAGCUGGAAUAUGGUUCAACUCCCACACGAAGUCAUGGACUUGCGCAACUGUCGGGCCACGUCGACAACUCUUGGUGUUUUCUUCCGCCCGCUACGGAUUUGAGAAAGCCCGGGCAAUGGCGAUCGAGGCGCGUGUGCAGUCAGUGCAAGCUCUUCAGGAACAAGCUCGAUCAUACGAAACCUUGCAAUGCAGAAGCUCUAGAACCCCGUCGGUCAAGGAGAACACUGAUGGUGCAUCGGGGAGAGCAGGAGUGGAGCCACCCAGCAGUCAGAGUAUGGGGUGCAACAAGCGAACAAGAAGCUUGUCUGAGGAGACCCGUUGAAGAACGGUGUGCUGUUUCUGGUAUCUUGUCUCAGGGCACUCCGCAUCGUCGUGCACGCUCCGGUCGGACGACAGAGCUAUUCGGUACCAGGCCAUCGACAUGGGAUGACUCACCGUCGCAGCGACAGGAGCUGGGCCGUUGCACAUCCAUCGAGACGGUAGAACACAAGCAGUUGACUGAAAAGGAACAACAACUUCUCUGUGCCGGCAAGUUGGCCACCAACCUGGUCUUGUCUGACCUGCUUGAAGUCUGCCUGCCACAGCUCGAACUCUCGCCAACGUUACUCGAUCGGGUCCGCUCGUCGCUCGAAGUUGCCGUGUGGGCAGUUAGCUCGGCUCAGCAUCCUGCCGAACUGCAAAGUUUCCUUAGGCUCUUCAGUUGUUGCUUCAUUGCUCUGAAAAUUCCGUCGAACAUGCCAAGCCAGACCCGCGUGCAUCUGAUCGAGGCACUGACUGGCACGCGACUGAAAAUUUUACAAGAGUCCGGCGAUCUUCAAGAUGACGUGCAAGAAAGUGGAGAGGCACCCGUGUCAGACGAAGAGCUUGGAGGCGAUCGCAAGUGA